AUGGAUUCUCUCACACCACAAGCUCCGUUCUCCUUCUCUCCCCUUGGCUCGGGCUCUCUGAACCUGACGGCCGCAUGUCUCUCCUCAAACCUGCCCAGCCCGACUCUAUUCGGCGCAGAGAUUCUCAACGUCACCUCGUCGCUGGUCAGCAACUAUACCGCGCACUAUUGGCAACCCCCAAACUUCUUCAACUCGGACCCGCCAAUGUACGGCCAUGACGGCAACCUCGACUUUUGCAAUGUCACCGUCACGUAUACGCACCCGGGCCAACACGACACCAUCAAUGUGAAUAUGUGGCUGCCCCUGUCAGUGUCGGACGAGGUCUAUGCGGGUUCUCGUAGUAGCAGGCCAGAUCAUGCCCGCUAUGGCAAUGGUGGCACAUCACCGUCCUGGAACGGUCUUCUCCUCUCCCAAGGCGGAGGCGGCUUCUCCAUGUGCCUUCCCCCCUUCAUUUCUCAUACCGCCCUUUUGCAGGGCUACGCCAUCUCACGCACAGACGGAGGCCAUCCCCCCCUAACCCUCAGCCCCGAGGAGCCCGAAACCGAGACAUGGGCCAUGCUCUCCCCGGGCAACGUCAACCUUUAUCUCCUGCAGGACUUCGCCUCGGUGUGCCUGCACGAUAUGGCCGUCAUAUCCAAGUCCAUCGUCACCUCCUUCUACGGCAUCGCCCCGAAAUAUAGCUACUUUCAGGGCUGUUCCACCGGUGGCAGACAAGGCUUGAUGCUGGCCCAACGCUACCCCCAGGAUUACGACGGCAUAUUGGCGGCCGCUCCGGCUAUAUACUGGCCCAAGUUGAUCGUCAUGCACUAUUUCUCGUACAUGAUGAUGCACUCGCUCAAGGAGUAUCCCCCGGCGUGCGAACUCGAGGCGAUCACAAAAGCCGCGAUCGAGGAGUGCGACGAGCUGGACGGUGUUAAGGACGGGAUCAUCUCGAAUGAAGAAGACUGCGAAUUCGACCCAUUCAAGCUCGUGGGGAAGGAGAUCGACUGCGAGAUGGAAUACGCAGACGACAGAGACGAAGACGACGAAAACCGCCAGCAACGCGUCAACCACACCACAAUCAAGAUCGGCUACGCUGGCCCGCACAUUGCGUGGCACCUCUGGGGCGCGGCGCCGGGCUCGAUUAGACAACCCAACUGGCACCGAGUGACGCAUUCGACGCCGCUGACGUCCUUCGCAGCGACGACGUGUUUCUGGAAAAACCAGACCUGCGUGGCCAACCCGAGUUCGCUGGUGCUGGACUGGAUCCGACUAUUCCUGUACAAGGACCCGAGCCUCACCGCGGCGGACCUGGCCGAGCGCAUCACGCUGGCCGAACUCGUCCGCCUCUUCGACCAGUCUGACGAGGAGUACCACUCGCUCCUUUCCACCAGCAACCCGGACCUGAGCGCCUUCCACGCCCGCGGCGGUAAGAUCAUCACCUGGCACGGCACCAGCGACGAGGCCAUCAUGCCGGGCCAGACGCAGCAGUACUACGACGAGGUGCUGCGGCGGUUUGGUGGUAGUCACAGCGACAACGGUAGCCACGUGCGAGACUUCUACCGCCUCUUCCUCGUCCCGGGCGUUCAGCACUGCGGCAGCGGCGAGGGCGCGCUGCCCGUCGGCGUGCUGGCCCAGCUGAGACGGUGGGUCGAAGAGGGCGUCGCGCCCGACGUGCUCCACGGGGAGAGCUUCACCCGGCCGCACGGCCACAAGAUCCACAGGCCGCUGUGUCCGUAUCCCCUCGUGGCGCGGUACAAGGGUCACGGCGACGUGGGGAAGGCCGAGAGCUUCGAGUGUGCCACCUCGUUCUGA